AUGUUGCUAACGUAUUUUGAAGAUCUAUCCCAAUCUUUCAACCGACUCCUUGACGAUCUGGACGAUUAUAAUGUCAUAAUAGAAGUGGGUACUGGCAGUGCAUUAAGACGGUUUGCUGCACACUCGGUAAUACUCCGUGCGAGGUCGUCAUAUUUUAAAACAGCUUUGUCGUCGAGGUGGGCAAAAAAACAGGGUGGAUAUUACAUCUUUAGUAAGCCAAACGUUAAUCCGGAUGUAUUUAGAUUGAUUUUAAGAUACAUCUACACCGGUACUCUUUCUCUCGGCCGACAACAAUUCACAACCCUCCUUUCCCUUAUUGUUUCUCUCGACGAAUUACUCUUCUUUGCACCACUCCGUGACGUGCAAACCUACUUGACCGAUCAUCACUCUGACGCUCUUCUCAGGCAUGCUGUAUCGAUUCUGUCACUCUCUGCACGCACAAAUUCGUUCUCCAUUCUUCGUGAACACAUAUAUACUUCCGUUGUCGCGAACCCGUCAAUUUUACUUGAUAGUGAAGACUUGGGAGAUUUGGAAGAGGAAAUAUUGAUGGACGUGAUAAAGAGGAAUGAUUUAAAAGUGGAAAGGAAAAAGAUUUGGGAAUGGGUUAUAACAUGGGCAAGGAAGAAUGGUAGCAGAAGAGAGAAUGAAGCUGACACAGUGGAAAGAGAUGUUAUGGUGGAGGCAGAGAAUCAAGAGAAAGAAUGUGCAAGCGAACGUUUAAACGAACUUCAAAAGCGUGUGUUACCUAGAUGCAAUUCAGAUAAUGAAACAAUAUUCAAGUCUGGAUUUAAAGGUAAUCGCAAAAACCUUGGGAAGGAGAUUUCACACGAUUCGCGAUUGUGGAGUGAUGAGGAGCUCGAACGGAUGAAGGAUAUAGUAAAGCCGUUUUUGGAAUUUAUUAGAUUUGAGGAGAUGACCUCACAGGAAUACGAAUUGCACGUUCGAAUACCGUACAAGGAAUUAAUCCCACCGGAUAUGGAUGAAAUUUUACUUUCUUAUUUUUUAAGUCUUUACCCGUCGAUUCCCAAGGUUCCGCAAUUAUACAAUUCGCAGACUCAAUUUCCUUCACGAUAUCAACCACCGGUGAGUGGGUCAAUGUCAAACCCAUCGAGAAUCCUUACGAGGGCACAAUUGCAACAAGUGAUAUCGUGGAUCCAGCAUACAUCUGAUGAUUCAAUGGCAGGACUAUAUCCAAAAGGAGUGCAAUUGUUGUUACGUGCAAGCGAAGACGGGUUCGAUCCAAGCACCUUUCAAACUCUAUGUGGGACCCAUUCCGGAACCAUCACUGUAUUUACAGUAUUAGGAUCACAGACUAUACUUGGUGGAUACAAUCCUCUCCCAUGGGCGUCUCGUUCGAAUAAUGGAAGACCAUACUAUAAAUCAACUGCCAACGCAUUUGUAUUCUCGUUCUCUGCUGCCCGGAAUGCGUGUAUAAGUAUAGUGGAGAACGUAAAUAAGGCUGUUUGUUUUAAUCAUGGCGGGCCGUGGUUUGGGAGAGGUGACCUGUGCAUGAGCAAUAAUAAGACGGGCGUUUGUUAUCAAAGGGAUUAUACAGAGCCGUUACAAUAUCAAGGGGAUUUUGUAGCUGAUGAAGUUGAGACGUUUUCGGUGACUUGGGCUGAUAUAAGAAUGGAAGCGAGGCAAAGUGAGAAUAUGUGUUUUAGAGUGAGUGUUGAUGAGUUGUUUGGUACCGAGUUGAUGUGA